AUGUCGGUUUUACGCUACAUUCUUCCUACCCUGGCAUUGGCGCUGGGAGCCAUCGCCGACGCGAAGAGCUUCACGUUGGAUCUCACUUGGGAGACCGCCUCCCCCGAUGGAUUCGCCAGGAAGGUGGUUUUGGUGAACAACCAGUUCACUGGACCGAGGAUUGAGAUCACCGAGGGAGAUGAUGUUACCAUCAAGGUCAACAACAACCUGCCCUACGCCACAACAGUUCACUACCACGGUAUUGAGCAGCUGGACACCCCCUGGUCUGAUGGUGUUCCCGGCCUCACCCAGAGGCCCAUCCAGCCCGGAAAGAGCUUCGAGUACAAGUGGAAGGCCACCCAGUACGGAGCCUACUGGUACCACGCCCACUACGAGGGCCUCAUUGAGGAUGGUCUCUACGGCGCCAUCACCAUUCUCCCUGCCGCCUCCAACAAGAAGCCCUUCAGCCUGAUCUCCUCCGACAGCGCUGCUAUCCACGCCAUGGAGCAGGCCGAGAAGAAGGUCGUUCCUCUCCUGCUCGCUGAUCACCGCCACAUGAUCUCUGAGGAGGUUGACGAGCUGUCCAAGGCUGCCGACAUCCAGUUCUCCUGCUACGAUUCCUUCAUCUUCAAUGGCAAGGGCAGCGUCAUCUGCCGCACCCCCGAGCAGAUUGACGCCCUCUUGACACAGGAGCGCAAGGACGUUCUGGCCACCCUCGCCGGCGCCCGCAUGACUGACAAGGCAUGCAUUCCCGCUGCCAUCAUUGCCCGUGGCCAGGGAGACCUGAGCAAGGUGCCCCCUGGUGUCUUCGACGGCUGCCAAGCUAGCGAUGGUGGCCUCGAGACCUUCAAGGUUGAGAAGAGCAACUGCGAUACCGAGAAAUGGGUUGCCUUCGACCUGGUCGGUGCCUACCACCUCCACACCGCCUUGUUCUCCAUCGACAACCACUCCAUGUGGGUUUACGCCAUGGACGGUGCCUAUGUCACUCCCCAGGAAGUCGAGGCCAUCCCCGUCACCAACGGCGACCGCUACUCUGUUCUCGUCAAGUACAAGCAGCAGGGCGACUUCACCAUCCGCGCCGCGUCCGUCAUCGCCACCCAGAUGCUCAGCGGCACUGCCCUCCUCCAGUGGCGUGAGAAGGGCCAGCCUGAACCCACCAUUGUCGCUUCGACCCCCUGGGUCGCUGACAACGGCCAGCCGACAUCCAAGAGCGUCCGCGUCUUCCGUCAGGCCGCCGCCAAGCCCUACCCACCCAUCGCCAUCUCCCAGACCACAAGCGCCCUGCACAAGUUCGAGAUGCGCUCUGCGGGCGGUUCCUAUUUCUGGGCCCUCAACGAAAACUUCCUCCUGCCCACGGAUUUUGAGAAUGAGAACCCGGUCCUCUUCAGCGUCCGGGCCAAUGAAAACGAUCCUACUCUUAUCUCUACCAAGAACGGCACCUGGAUCGACAUGGUCUUCCAGGCCGGCAGCCCGCCCCAGCCUCCCCAUCCCGUCCACAAGCACGGCAACAAGAUGUUCCUGCUCGGCUCCGGCUCCGGCAACUUCACCUGGAACAGCAUCGAGGAGGCCGUCGCUGCCAACGGCACCCUGUGGAACCUGGUCGACCCCCCUCGCCGCGACGCCUUUGCUACCCCCAACGCCAUCAGCCAGCCUACGUGGAUGGCCGUGCGAUAUCACGUCACCAACCCGGGCCCUUGGCUGCUUCACUGCCACAUUCAGAACCACUUGAUGGGCGGCAUGUCCGCCAUCAUCCAGGAUGGUGUUGAUGCUUGGCCCGUCACACCGCAGGAGUACGUCGACUACUCUUAA